GCCGGUCACACCGCCUUAAUUCAUCACUGCGCGUCUUACUCAUUCCAAACUCGCUGGACCUGUCUGUCUGUCUGUCUGUCUGUCUGUGUGUGUGUGUGUGUGUGCAACACAAAACCAUCAGACCAGACUGCACUCACCGAUGGAUGGAUGGAUGAUCCUUCAAAGCCGAACAAGUGAGUGAGUGAUGAGAAGCAUGAUGUGAUGCCUCAACCAAUCGAUAUCGCAGCCACAACCCACUGCUCCCUCCCUACGCACACCACGCCACAACACAUUCUCACCCCCUUCACCCUCCUCGGCCAGACAGACAGACAGACAGACAGAAGACGCCCUAGUGUGAAUCAUUCUCAUCUAUCGCUGGGUGGACGGAUGGAUGGGUAUAUACACACACAUAUGCACAGACGUAGAAACGGGAAGGCAGCUAGGCAGGCAGGCAGGCGGGGGUGGGGUGGGGUGGGUACGGACGGCCUAUGCCCCUAGUGUGGGCCCCUGUCGGCCCUCAAACCAAACCCAUACAACCAUCAACCAAUUGCAAUCAGUCAGCCGGCCGGCCACUCUUAAAUGCCCCCCGCCCACACACACUUUCGUCUGUCUGUCUGUCAGUCACAUCCAAGUAGGUACUACUUGAUGCGUGACGCUACCAGAUGAUAUCUUCUACACUGCUGGACGGCUCGGUUGCUGUUCCCCGUUCAUGGGCCGCUUCCGCCAUUCAAUCGUGGCACUUGAUGUGGGCCGUCGUGCCGCACUCCUCCUGGCCCAUCGAAAAAUCCACCUGCACCAUCACAUCAACAAAACCACAUGGUCAACACAUCUCCACACACACAUGGAUAGCCCCCCGGUGUGUGUGUGUGUGCCUGUAUGGUGGUGUGGAGGAUGUCGUAUUUCGACUGGCAGACGGCCGUGGCAGACUCCAGAAUGGAACGGGCCAUCGGCUCCUCGCCUGAUGGACAGACACACAGACGACAGAUGCACACACACACACACACACACGCAGGACAGCACAGGACAGCAGAGCUGACCAGCGACAAUGUGGACAGCGAGUGCGGGGCUGCCGACGGACAGGGACCACACGUGAAGGUCGUGCACGUCACUGACACACACACACACACAUGACACCACAUACGCAGCAAUUGCAAUUGGGUCUCAGCUCGCCUCUCUCUCUCUCUCUCUGUGUGUGUGUAUGUGUGUAUGCGUGUUGCUCACACGACUCCCUUGAUGUUGCUAAGGUCGAGCUGCAGCUGUGAGAGGUCGAUGUGCUCGGGAGUGCCCUCCAUCAAAAUAUUGACAGCCUGGUUGAUUGGCCCACACAUGCGGCACACACAUGUGCCUGCACACAGCAGGCGUAUGUGUCGGUAGGUACCUCUCUGACGAUCUCGGUAGUGGUCCACAUGACGAACGCCUAACACCAGACCGAGACGCACACAGGGUGGCUGGAGGGAUGGAUGGAUGGCAGUGCACGAGCCCAGCACAGAAAAAUGCAUACCGAGAAGAUUAAGGUGCAGAUGGGGUCGGCCAAAUGCCACUCGGGGUUGUACCUUAACACACACGCACGGAGAGAGAGAGAGGGAGAGAGAGAGAGGCACAUGUGCGCGUGUUGGUGUUGUGUGUUGGGAUGGCUGACCAGAUGCACAGGGCGGCGAUGAGCACUCCGAGGCUCUGGAACAGGUCACCCAGCGCGUGGAUGUACGCAGCCUGGCAAACACACACACACACACACACACACAGAGAGAGACGGACACACAAGUGCUCACACAGACGUCAGUGUCUUCCCUCCCUCCCUCCCUCCCUCCCUCUCUUUGUCUCUGUCUCACUGACAUCCAGGUUCAUGCUCUUCUGCUGUUUCUUGUCCUGAUGGCCGUGGUCGUGGCUGUGGUCGUGGGCGUGGUCAUGGCUGUGGUCAUGGCUGUCGUGGUGCUCAUGCACCUUGACCUCUAUCUUGCCGCCCUCAUCGCGUGUAUGGGUGCCAUGCUCAUGGUGUGCGUGUCCGUGGCUGUGCCCAUGAUCAUGAGCAUGUCCGUGGUCGUGUCCGUGGCAAGUGUGACCGAUGCCGUGACUGCGGGCAGGUCAACACAGACAGACAGACAGACAGGUGCUGCGUGUGGAUGGAUGUGUGUGUUUGUGUGUGGCGGGUUCGACGGACCUGUGUGUCUGCAGCACUUGUGUGAGGAUGAGAUUGACCGCCACACCAAUCAGCGCCUGCACACCACACCACAAGACAUUUCCGUGCGUCCAGCAACUGAGUGCGACUGAGUCAGCAGCCGACCGUGAUGGACAUGAUUUGGCCGUCGACCACAGCGGGGUGGACGACGCGGUCAACAGCCUCAUACAACAGCCACGCUUACCACACAAACACCAUUCCACACCACACAAGACUGCUGGAUGGAUGGAGGGAUGGCUUACUCUUCCUUCUCACUCACCGGUGACGCCCCAGAUGAUGAAAACGCUUCCGAGUGCGCCGAGGAUCUCAGCGCGGUGAUAACCAAACGACAUUGUGGUCGAACCCUUCUGACUCGCCAACCAGAUGGCAAACAAACUGCAACAACACACACACACACACACACGCACACAGCCGAGCCCCUGUUGUGUCCGCCACGGUCAUGAGCGCAUCCGGCGGCGGCCUACCCGAUGAGGUUCGAGGCCAGAUCUGAGAGGAUGUGUGAGGCGUCGCUCAUAAGAGCCAGCGAGUGCGCCAGGAAACCUCCCACGAUCUCAACAAUCAUGAAAAUCAGCUGCGCACACACACACACGCGCACGCACACACAAGAAGAGCCCUUGUGUUGGCUGUUGGACUGCGCAUGUAUUGGGUUGACUGACGCAAAUGACAGAUGCGAGGAUCAGCUUGCGUGCCACGGCAGCAUUCUUCUUGGCGAUGGGGUCCUCCUUGUCGGCCUCCUUGGGCAGCAGCUGCUCGUCAGACACCGGCAUGACGGCAGAUGGACUAUGUGUCAGCUGGAUUGCACUUAGUCGACGUGUGAGCGGCUGUGAAGCACGUCAAGGCAUAGGGCUACACGCUUUUGUGCUUUUUUUGUGUGCG